AUGCCUCACGCCGAGUCUCUACACGAAACGUCCCCUCCCACGAUCAACGGCGUCCACCUCCACGUCAACGAUGAUCUACUCUCCCCCGACGAGGUCGAGCUUCUAGUCCAGUCUCGCCCAACGGACGACCUCGACGUCCUCCGCGAGCAGUACCGCCAGAACGGCUACCUUCUCGUCAAGGGGCUCAUCCCGCGCGAAGACGUCCUCUCGGCCCGCGAGUCCUACUUCCAGUCCCUCGCCCCGAGCGGCGUGAUGAAGCCGGGAACGUCCCCCCGGGACGGCAUCUUCGACGACGCGAAAUCCCCCGCGGACUACCCCGGGAUCGGCGCCGGCAGCAUCAAGAACGCAGCCCCCGGCGAGACGGACCAAUCCGCCGUCUUCACCUCGGCGGCCCUGCGAGCGCACACGGAGGCCUGGUACGCCGGGUCGGACGACGGCACCACCCGGGGCUUCUGCAACCACCCGGCGCUCGCGGCCUUCGUCGCCCGCCUCACCGGCUGGGGCGCGGACAACACGCUCGCCGUCAAGCGCACGCUGCUCCGCAACAACACGCCGGGCAACCGGGCCAUCGGCGUGCACUACGACCAGUCCUUCAUGCGGUACGGCGAGCCGACGUCCGUGACGGCGUCGGUGCCCAUGGGCGACGUGCGGCUCGAGGGCGGCGGGCUGAUCUACCUGCGGGACGGCGAGCGGCUGGGCGAGCGGAUCGAGGACGAGUUCGCGGCCAAGGCGCGGGCGGCGGGCAUGAGCGACGAGGAGACGCGGAACGCCUUCAACGCCAACAUGAUGGCCACGGGGUUCCUCAGCGAGGGGCCCGCCGACUUUGGGAGGACGUACGGCAAGAGGUGGAUGAUUCACGCGUCGACCAAGAACUACGACCCUGAAGGCCGGAUCAGGCUCGGGACCGACUUGCGCUUCGUUGACAAGCGGCGGCCGUGGGAUACUCGGUGGGACAAGCACUACAGCUUCAAUGACGGUGUUUGA